AACGUAACCGGACAGGAAAAGCCCCGCCGCCGCCGCCGCCGCCGCGCCGGAGACACCGACCGCGGCAGCAGCAGCAGCAGCAGCAGCGAGAGGGAGAGGCGGCGGCGGCCGGCAGAGCGCGGCCAAGGCUGCCCAGCGGUGCCUCCUCCACACCCCGCGCCGCAGCAGCACCGGCGACAGAUUUUUAAAAAAAUGGAUUUGGCCAACCAUGGACUUAUUCUCCUGCAGCAGUUAAACGCUCAGCGCGAGUUUGGUUUCCUGUGUGACUGCACGGUUGCCAUCGGCGAUGUGUACUUCAAGGCACACAAAUCAGUUCUUGCUUCAUUCUCCAAUUACUUUAAGAUGUUGUUUGUCCAUCAGACCAGUGAAUGUGUCCGUUUGAAACCAACUGACAUACAGCCCGAUAUUUUCAGCUAUCUUUUACAUUUGAUGUACACUGGAAAGAUGGCACCUCAGCUGAUUGAUCCUGUUCGAUUGGAACAGGGGAUCAAGUUUCUGCAUGCUUACCCUCUGAUCCAGGAAGCUAGCCUGGCCAGCCAAGGAGCCUUUUCCCACCCUGACCAAGUUUUUCCGCUGGCUUCCUCCUUGUAUGGCAUUCAGAUUGCAGAUCAUCAGUUGAGACAAGCCACCAAGAUUGCUUCAGCCCCUGAAAAACUUGGGCGAGAACCCCGGCCCCAGCCCUCCAGGAUGAGCCAGGAGCAGGUGCCUGAAGGCGCACAGCUGUCUCAGCUGACCUCAAAUCUGACCCAGGUGAACAGGACACACAUGACUCCCUCAGACCCCCUGCAGACCUCCCUGUCUCCAGAACUCGUUUCCACUCCUUUGCCUCCCCCUGCUGCCGGGGAGGAGACCAAUCUGGAAGCCUCUUCCUCUGACGAGCAGCCCGCGACCCUCACCAUAGCCCACGUCAAGCCGAGCAUCAUGAAGAGGAAUGGCAGCUUCCCAAAGUACUACGCCUGCCACCUGUGUGGGCGGCGCUUUACACUCCGGAGCAGUCUGCGGGAACACCUGCAGAUUCACACCGGCGUCCCCUUCACAGCGAGCCAGCCCGGAGAAGGCCGCGUGCCCCUCUCCCUUUGCAGCAAUGCGGCAGACCUCGGGAAGGACGCCAUGGAAGUGCCUGAGGCUGGGAUGAUCAGUGACAGUGAGCUGCAGCACAUCUCAGAUUCCCCCAUCAUCGACGGACAACAGCACUCAGAGACGCCACCGCCCUCGGACAUCGCGGACAUCGACAACUUGGAGCAGGCGGACCAAGAGAGGGAGGUCAAGAGGCGCAAGUACGAGUGCACGAUAUGUGGACGCAAAUUCAUCCAGAAGAGCCACUGGAGGGAGCACAUGUACAUACACACCGGGAAGCCUUUCAAAUGCAGCACCUGUGACAAGAGCUUUUGCAGGGCCAAUCAGGCUGCCCGGCACGUGUGCCUCAACCAGAGCAUCGACACAUACACCAUGGUGGACAAACAGACCCUGGAGCUCUGCACAUUCGAGGAAGGUAGUCAGAUGGACAACAUGUUGGUACAGACUAACAAACCGUACAAAUGCAACCUGUGUGACAAAACGUUCUCAACUCCCAACGAGGUUGUUAAACACUCGUGCCAGAACCAGAACUCAGACGUCUUUGCCCUGGACGAGGGGCGGUCCAUUCUCCUGGGCAGUGGGGACUCCGAAGUAACGGAACCCGACCACCCUGUGUUAGCGUCCAUUAAAAAAGAACAGGAAACAGUGUUGUUAGACUGAAUGUUACUUAUCUUUUUAAAACUGUCAUUUUUACAAAGACUAUCAUCCUUCCCUUUCCCAAUUCAGAACUACAGUUCUGUGGCAUGAUACAAACAGGCCCCUGGACCCUCCCUCCUCUCUCCCUUCCCGCCAUCCCCAGCCCCUCCUCCGUAAAGGCUUUGUGCAUUAUAAACCUGGAACAUUUCCUUUUAUUCAGGGGAUAUCGGAAAGAUAAUAGUCAGUAGUAC